AUGGCUCACUUUGCGCAGGUCAUGGCUGAAGUGGGUGACUUUGGUCGCUUCCAGGUAAAGGUGGCCAUCCUGAUGGGCAUCCCCAAUUUCCUGUCUGCCUUCUUCGUGUUUAGUCAGGUCUUCAUGGUCCUCGAUGAGGCUCACCACUGCUCAGUGCCCUGGGUCAAGAACCACACUCUCAACCUAAGUGCUGCUGAGCAGCUGGCAGUAAGCAUACCCAACGACCCAGCGGGCAGACCUGAGUCCUGCCUCAUGUUCCAGCCACCUCCUGACAAUGCCAGCCUGGAAGACAUCCUCAGCCACCGCUUCAAUGAGACACAGGCCUGCAACUCAGGCUGGGAGUAUCCUGAGAACAGGCCUCCGUCCCUAAAGAAUGAGUUUGACCUGGUGUGCGAUUGGAGGAGCCUGCGGAGGACUUCACAGUCGGUGUUCAUGGCUGGCCUCCUCAUUGGGGCCCUCAUCUUUGGGCCCAUCUGUGACUGGAUUGGCCGCAGAGCCUGCAUUCUGGUGCAGCUGUUUAUGUCAGGCACCAUGGGCGUGGCCACAGCCUUUGUGCCCAGCUUUGAGCUCUACAUGACUUUCUGCUUUGUCUCAGCUACCGCUGUCGCUGGAUACAUGAUGAGCACUAUGAUCCUUAUUUCAGAGUGGGUAGGGCCAUCCUGGAGAACACGAGCCAUGGUCCUGUCCCAGAGCAACUUUGCCCUUGGCCAGAUGGUGCUAGCAGGCCUGGCCUAUGGUGUCCGCAACUGGAGACUGCUUCAGAUAAUCGGCACGGCACCAGUCUUCCUGCUUGUCUUCUACUUCUGCGUUUUGCCAGAAUCUCCACAGUGGCUCUUCUCCAAAGGAAGGAUAGAGGAGGCCAAACAACUGAUCCAGAAGGCAGCCUUGGUGAACAGGCGGUCCCUUUCUCCAGAACUCCUGAGCCAGCUGAUCCCUGAGAAGACAGGUCCCUCGGGAAAUGCGCUGGAUCUUUUCAGACACCCCUAUCUCAGGAAGGUGACGCUGAUUCUCAUUGCUGUCUGGUUUGUAGACAGCCUGGUGUACUAUGGCCUUGGUCUCCAAGUGGGGGACUUUGGCUUGAACAUCUACCUGACACAGCUGAUAUUUGGAGUAGUGGAGAUGCCUGCCCGUUUUUCCAGCAUCCCCAUAAUGGAGAAGCUGGGUCGCAAGUGGAGCCUGUUAGGUUCCCUGACUCUGGCUGGUACUAUGUGCAUCAUCAUCAUCUUCAUCCCAGCAGGUCUCCCCAUGGUGGUCACUGUGCUGGCUGUGGUGGGGAAGUUUGCCUCAUCUUCUGCCUUCACCAUAUCCUAUGUGUAUACUGCUGAGCUCUACCCCACCAUCAUCAGGCAAACAGGCAUGGGGCUGGUGAGCAUCUUCUCCAGGAUUGCCGGCAUCAUCACACCGCUCGUGAUGCUGCUGGAGCAGUACCACAGGGCAGUCCCCAUGAUCAUCUUUGGCAGCUUCCCCAUCAUGGCAGGCCUACUGUGUGCUCUGUUGCCUGAGACGCGGGGCCAGACCCUGAAGGACACCAUCCAGGACCUGGAGAAGGGGCGCCCUCCACGGUGA